AGUUUAUUGUUUUGGUGUAAAUAUUUUUAUAAACUUUCAGGUAAUUAUGAACCCUUCCAAGUGUGGAAAGUGUCACAGGCUGAUUCAUGUAAGCCGCACCAUUUUUGUCCAAACUGGUUUGGAAAAAGAGACAUUUUAAAGUAUAUGCCAUGUGGGUACGGUUUCUACAACAACAAAACAGAUAGCACAAGUGCCAGCGAUUGUCUCCCUUGCCCAGAAGGCAAGUAUUGCUUUGCUGGAAUCUUUAACUGUCCUCGUGGCUACUACUGCAUGGAAAAUAGUCUCCCUAAAGAGCCAUGGCCUGGCUUCUCUGCACCAACAGAAGGACUAUCAGAGCCUGUUGAGUGUACUGCUGGUUACUACCAACCUGUAACUCAGUAUAAGAUGUGGGAAUGGCAGGGUAUAACCGGUUGUUUGACCUGCCCGAGGUAUAGGUUUUGUGAUGUCUCAAAACUUACAGAACCGGCUGGGGAGUGUGAUGAUGGCUGGGAAUGUGGGCGAGGCGAGACAUCUCCAAGACCCACAGGAAAGGAAUGCACCCCAGGGAGUUACUGUGUAAAAGGUCGUAAAUUCCAGUGUGAUGUUGGAUAUUACCAGCCAUAUGCGAACAUGCACACUUGUUUUGAGUGUCCUGAAGGAAUGCAGUGCUUAACUAAAGGACUGUCUGCACCCACUGGAGUUUGUCCAUCGGGUUAUUACUGUAGAUUUGAUAAGGCGUCUAAAACAACAUUAACAUAUCCAUGCCCUGCAGGUUACAUGUGUCCAAAUGGUAUAAAGAUACCAUGUGGCAAAGGACACUAUCAGGAUGAAACUCAACAAACCACGUGUAAACGAUGCCCAGUAGGAAAGUAUUGCAGUGGUGUAGCACAAACAAGUGUUUCAGGUUCUUGUACUGCAGGUUGUUGUCUAGAAGAUGGCCAGAUACAACCGAGUAGAUGUCCACGAGAAAACCCCACAAACUGCACACGUGGUUAUUACACAGUCGAUGAUAUCUGCACUUUGUGCCCAGAAGGAAGGUACUGUGCCGUUUCUGGUCACUCAGGAAGCACUGGUUACUGUGAAGAUGGAUGGUAUUGUGAGGAAGGGGAGACAAGUCCAGCUCCAAAUGGAAAAUACUGUCCAGCAGGACAUAAAUGCAUAAGAGGUAUAAAAACACCCUGUGGAUAUGAGAGCCUUAGAUACAUGUACCAACCCAAAGUAGGUCAAGCCUCAUGUGUGCCUUGUCCGGAGCAUUUUAACUGCACAGAACCAGGGAAGGACCGUUUAGAGAAAUUGUGUGAUCCAGGAUAUGACUGUAAAGCUGGUCUAAUGACAAGCUGUGCAAAUGGAAGUUAUUGUUAUGGAGGCAAAAGCAUUGUUUGCCGGGAUGGUUUCAAGACAACAGAAGAAGGACAGAGCAGUUGUGUUAGAUGUGACCCUGGCUACUACUGUGUGAACGGGACUCAGCUUCCAUGCCCAGCAAAUAGAAUAUGCUACAAUGGACUUGCACACUAUUGCGAGCUUGGUUUUACAUGUUCAAUUGUGAAUGGAGAGCUGGUAAAAACGCCAUGUGCACCAGGUACUGAGCGAUAUGAGAUUGAGUCAGAUACCUGUGUUCCCUGUAGACAACAUAGGUACUGCCGAAGUGGAGCUAGCUAUGAAUGCUUUCGGUAUCAUAAAGGAUUUGCAUGCUCAGGUGGUGCUGCAACACCAUUUUCUACUGUUGCACAGCCGGGAAAGCACUAUGAACUAUUCUAUGAAACGUAUGAGAAAAACAGAGGAUAUCUGAUAAUAGACUGUGCUCCUGGAACAUAUCAGCCUGAUAAACACAGAAGAAAUUGUUUACCAUGUCCAGCGCAACAUUAUUGUCCAUUAGCGAGUACUGUACCUUUGGCUUGUCCAGGAGACCAGCCACUUGAAGGCCAAUCACAAUGUUGAAGUGGCAGUGGAUUUCAGCAGUAUUGGCAUAUGGAUUUGCUGAUGUAUGCUACAAGCUUUUCGAUUUGAACAGAAGAUAUGCUUAUUAAAAAAUUCUUGCUGAUAUAAACACACUCUAGAUUAGAGGGAAGAAGAUGCGCAUGUUCUCGCUGAUCUACCAGUUACGAUCUACCAGUUUUUUGAACUGUCAACACUUCAGAGUAUUAAUGCAGGACCACCCAAGAAGGAAGUUAUGACUUAUCUCUUAGAACAUUGUCAUCACUUUAAAGCUUAACACUAGUUAACUAAAUUUUUAUUUAGAGGUACACUUCUUGCUAUCUCAAUUUGAUAUCUCCAUUUAACUACGGUAAUUGUUUGAAUGGAAUCGUCACAUACCCCAUAUAGUACUUGUCUUUAUUUCUUUACUUAGCUGGAAAGCUAACCUCUGCAUAGGAAAAAUGAUUAUUUUAUUGAACUCAUCGUACUUUAAAGUUUCAUGGUUCAUGUGAGGAAUAGCUUAAUCGUCUUUGAAAAGUUAAUUUGUCAGAAACUUCUAGAAAAAAAGAUGUUAUGGAUAUAACUUAACACAAAAAGCUAGACGGAGUGAGCUACUGUAUGCUACUAUAUAUGAGAAGUGUUACUGUAUUGCACUGAUAGUGCAUGUUUAAACCUGAAAAAUAUGUUAGUGUUUUAUAAUUUCAAUAUCAUGUUUUAAUGAAACUUUUGAAAGUAUAAAUCAAAAUGAAAUACAACUUAAUUUUGACUUUCAUUCAUGUGUGCAUCUAUCUAAGACGUGCCAGUUACUGUGUAUAAACAUUUAUGAAGAUUGAAGUUCAUGUUACCUUUCUAAAGUUCAUUAUAAUUAGUUUAAUCAUGUUUGCAAUAUAAUUUACAAAGUUUUAAAAUCA